CCCGGAUAGUGACAGCGCCCCCCCCCAUUCCAAAGGAAAGGGGCCGGCGCGCAGCCUGGCAUGAUGGCUUGGGGUUGCUCAUGCUGUGUUCCCUUCGAUGACUUCGAGGACUUCGGCGCGCCCGGUGGGCCCAGUGCGGCUCUGCGGCCGGAAGCCUGCGCCAGCCCGCCGCAGGGAAGUUGGCCUGCGAGGCCCAGCAGGCCGGAGAAGUCAAGGAGGAAUGUGGUGGCAGCUGGUCUGAGUCGAUUCACAGAGGGCGAGCUGAAACCACAGCCUGAUUGGGAGCAAUUGACGGAGCGGGUGGUUUGCGUGCUCGCCCAGAACCCUUCCACCUUUACGUUGAAUGGGACGAAUUGCUACUUGGUCGGCACUGGCCGGCGACGCCUGCUGGUGGACGCCGGGGAAAAGUACCGGGGCGGCAAGGCCUUCAUGGAUAUUUUGGACAAGUGCCUGAAGGAGUUGGGGGUGGAAGGUCUGGAUGGCAUUGUCAUUACCCACAUGCACCAUGACCAUUACGGCAAUGUUGGCAGGCUGCAAAGCAAGUACGGCCCAGUCCCGGUCUAUUCCCGUGACAUUGACCGCGAGACCUUUCCAUUGCUGGCAGAAAUCCGGCGCCGCGGUCAGCUGCAAUAUUUUGUUGGCUUGGAUGGGAGGCCUCUUCUCAACCCGAGCGACGCCGAGCCUCCGGCGCUGCCGAAAGAUUUGGACGUCUCGUGGGCCCGGAACAAGGUGAAGAAUUUCCAUGGCAAGACCACGGGCGAGAAGCUCCACAGGUUCUUUUUCCUGCUGUGGCAUCACCAAGACCUCCUGGAUCGCCUGAGGAGCUACGAAUACCCUUGGAAUCCUUUGGCGAGUGGGGACCGCAUUGUCACGGAGGGUGCGACACUGGUUGCCAUGCACAUGCCGGGCCACUCGGAAGACCACAUGUCUUUUUUGCUGGAGGAGGAGCACUCGCUCUUCUCAGGGGACCACGUGCUGGGCUGGGGCACCACCUUCAUACUGGAGAUGAAGGAUUACAUGGACUCUCUCCGGAAGAUGCUCCACAUGCAGCCGGUGAGCCUGUUCCCCGGGCAUGGGCACUUCAUCGAAGAUGGGGUGGCCACGCUGCAGCGCUACAUCGACCACCGGCAGCGAAGGGAGGAACAGGCUUGGCAGGCGCUGGUGAGGCGCACCGAGCCGGUGACCGUGGAGGAGUUGGUCCACGAGCUGUAUCCGAACACCAGCAAGGAGCGGCUUUGGAUGGCCAAGGGCAAUGUGGAGGUGCUCCUCCGCAAGUUCGUGCAGGACGGCGCCGCGGCCGCCUUCGAAGGCCGCGAGGCGACGGACGCGCCGUUGGUGCGGCUGCGGGGGCUGCCCACGGGCUACGUGGAGCGCAACCUGCCGGAGGACUACCUUUGGGUGGCCCGCCGGGCGGCUCCAAAGCUGUGAGCCCACCUGAAUCACUGGCUUCCGCGAGCCCAAUUAAGAAAACAGAAAAAACACUGCAAAAGGAGGCUCCAUAUAGAGCGGUCACGUCUCAUUGGCUAG